AUGGAAGAUUCAGUUACGGAUCCUGUUUUCAUAUUUACGGUCAAUACUGCUGCUAAUACUAAAUUAUACCGUAUGUUUCAUAUUUCUACACCUACUGGAGAAUCAUCUGACGUAAAUAUGUUGCUCGAUACAGGUUCGGCAGUUACAACUUUGCCUCAUAAAAUUUACCAACAGCAUUUCUCUACUGCCUUACUUUCUAAACCUGUUAUGAAUUUAACAUCAUAUCAAGGAAAUGCUAUUGAUGUUGUUGGGUGUAUGCAAGCUGCUAUUGACUUUGAGAAUAUAACUGCAAAUGUGACUGUAUUUAUUACAUACGGUGAUACCGCUCUUAUUGGUAUGGACGUAAUAAAGAAAUUGGGUCUUGUGAUUUCUUCAAACUCUGUACUUGUCAAUACAGUAGUGGACUCAUUUGUACAUAAAGUUAUGGUUGAUACUAAUGCUAAACCAGUGCUACAAAAGUUGCGCCGUAACUAUCUAAUGCAUGGUCGUGAAAUGAAAACCUUACUACAUGUUCUUCAACCUGCUAAUUUAUGUGAUUCAAGUGAUAAAACCGUACGUGAACGUGUUAAACAUAAGCAAAGUGCUAUGAAAACGUAUUCUGAUUCUCAUCGUGCUUGUAAGAGUUCGAACAUUGCUUCGGGUGACUACGUUCGUAUCCGUAAACCUAUAAAACCUCUAAAAGGAAAUCCUGGAUAUACACAACCACUCAAAGUUAUCAAGAAAGUUAGUGAUAAUACAUAUAAGUUAAGUGAUGGAAAAAUUUGGAAUUCUAAGCAUUUAUCUUUGUGUAAUUUGGCAAGUAAAAGUGAUACUAGUCAUAAUAAUACUAGUUCAAAUUGUGCAUCUAAUAGUGAUAUUAUUCGAAAAUCUAAUCGAGUAUCAACACAUACCAAGGAUAAAGACUUCGUUUACUAUUGA